UGUAAAAGAAUCGAAAAUGUUUUCUUCUUUAAAAAGAGCCAAUUAUAACGUAAUUGAGGAAGUUGAGGACGAAAACGAGCCUGGAACUCUAAAAAGUAUGGAACUCGGCAGAGUUACCGAUAUAAAAUUAAUCGAGGAGGAGGAGGUUGAGGAGGAAUGUCAUCAACAUUUUGAAUCAUCAGCACCUCCUAUUCAUCACGGUGUUGCUGUUUCUUUUAGUGGUAAAGGAGAUGCAGAAUUGCAAGCUUCUAGUGAUCCAGCUGCUGAAUGGGAUCAUAUUAAAGACGUUGACCAGUUUUUUGCCUACAUCUACGAGUAUUACCAACAACGGGGCCUUACUUGCAUUGCCCUCCGUUCUUUAUUUUCUCUUUUACGUUUUGCAUUUGUUGUUCUCUUUUCUACAUUUUUGGUCAAUUGUGUUGACUACGAUAAUGCUUUCAUUCCCCGUUGCUAUGCCCGCAUAAAUCCUUUAAUGUCACUGGCGCUGUUUUUAGCUGCCCUUUUUUGGUUGGCACAUCUUUUUCGAAUUUUUUGUCGACUUGUACAGUUUUCUGAGAUUCGGCGAUUUUUUAUUAGUCAAUUGGAGAUUGCUGAUUCUGAAAUGCAAAAUUUGACAUGGGCACAGGUCGUUGAACGUUUGUGUGGUGUCCAAAAAAGAUUACAUUUAAUCGUCAACCGUGAGGCUAUCACUCCUUUGGACGUUUGCCAACGGAUUUUACGACACAAAAAUUAUUUUGUGGCGCUUGUAUAUUAUAAUAUUCUCCCUCCAAGAAUUCGCCUUCCCUUCUUUGGACAUGUCCAUUAUUUAUCAAAUGGAUUACGAUUUAAUUUGGAAUGGCUUUUAUUUUGGGGACCUUGGAGUCCUUGGAAAGGCCCUUAUGCACUUAAAGAUGAAUUUAAGGAUCCUGCAAAGUUGCCAAUGAUUGGCAAGUUUUUUAAAUUUAUUUUUGGAGUUAUUUUUUAUUGUAGGCAAAGAAUUGCUGUUAAUUUACCGUUUCCUUAUUUUUGUGUUCGGCAACUCCAACGAACUCUAACAAUAAUGUCUAUUACAAAUUUAAUAUUCUUCCCAUUUGUAUUUGUUUACCAAUUACUAUUUUCAUUCUUUUCUUAUUCUGAACAUUAUCAGCGAGAUCCAAAUGUUUUUGGAAUGAGAAAAUAUUCAAAUUAUGGAAGAGAAAAACUUCGUCAUUUCAAUGAAAUGGAUCACGAAUUGGAUGCUCGUUUAAAUAAAAGUUAUGAAUUUGCAGCUCGUUAUACAGACCAAUUUAUUUCUCCAUUGACCCAAAUUAUUGCGAGAAAUAUUGCUUUUGUGGCUGCUUCUUUUUUUGUUGUUUUGUGUGCUUUAACAGCUAUUGAUGAAGAUACUUUGAAGAUUGAACAUGUAACAACAAUACUUUCAAUAACCGGUGGGGCUGUCCUAAUCUCUCGUAUUUUUAUCCCAAAAGAAAAUAUGGUUUUUUGUCAACAUCUUUUAAUGCAACAAAUUGUUGCAAAUAUUCAUUAUGCGCCUCGUUCUUGGCUUGCAAAUGCGCAUUCUACUGAAAUUCAUAAAGAAUUUGUACAAAUUUUUCGAAUGAAAACAGAAUUGUUGAUAGAAGAAUUAUUGAGUCCUUUCCUUUCCCCUUUUAUUCUUUAUUUUUGUGUAUGGAAACGAGUACCAGAAAUUGUUGUGUUUUUACAUGAAAAUACAGUCACUUUAGAAGGUCUCGGUGAUGUUUGUUCACUUGCUCAAAUGAAUAUUGCCCGUGAUGGAGAUACCCGACUUGUAUCAUUAAAUCAAUCUGUUUGUGUUGAUGAUAAUGAAAAUAAUAAGAAUAAAGUUUCAACAAGACGAAGAAGAACACCUUGUGGUAAAGUAGAAUUGUCUCUUUUAAAUUUUGCUACUCAAAAUCCUGAUUGGGUGCCUAGUGGGCCUGAAGCUGAAUUUAUUGCGAAUGUUAAGGAUUUGGUUUCGACAGAAGUUUUUGGAAUUUUGGAAAAUAUGGAAAAUCAGCGUUUAUUAUAUCAAAGAUCGAAUAAUAAAAGUGUUGUUUUACCAACUAACGCAGAGAAAAAUUACCCUUUAACUAUGCAAAAGUCAUCUGAUGAGAAUGUGACUCCAACAACUAGUCAACAACAACCUGGCCCGGUUUUGGCAGAACAAAAGGAGGAAGAGACAUUUACCGGUGUUGGAGGGCCUCCCUCAGCUUCACAAAUUGAAAGACAACGUCAAUUACAAGAACAAUCCCUUGCCAACAUUUUAAGUAACAGUUCUUCUGGAAUGUUAACAACAUCAAUCCAUUCACAAUUAAAUUUACAACAACAACAUCAAAUGUUACUUGCUUCUAGUUUUAUAGCCCCAGCUUCAUUAUCUGCAACAGUACAACCACGGACUGAACAAGAAAACAAAGCAACAGAAAUGUCACUUAAUGCAUUAGCAAUUAACCAUAUUCUUGCAAUAAAUACAAAUCCAAAUGAAUUAAUUCAACAACAACAAAAUGCUCGUUCUCGUUAUAAUAAAAAUAAUCGUGGUUAUGGUUCUAUUCGUAAUAAAGGAGGAAUAAUAACAGAAACUCAACCAAUUUUGGAUAGUAUGGCAGAAAGUAAUAUUUGGGGAGUUCCUGAUUUGACAGCAACAAGUCGUUUAAAUAAUUUAUUUACUUCUUCAAUUAAUUCGUCUUCAAUGUUAUUGGGAGGAGGAGAAAGAGGGGGGAAUUUUAAAGGAAGAAAUGAAAGGGAAGAAGAAGAAGAAAUGAAACAAAUAAAUAAAACAAAAGAGAAUCAACCAACAACAUCAACAACAACAAGUUUAUCAAUAACAGCACCACCUCCACCACCUUUACAACCUUUUUAUGUUGAUGAUAAAAAAGUAAUGAAGAAAUAA